UCUCAGAAUGACUGGGUAAGAAAGCCCUUGCAAGCAUACAUAGGAAAUGCUUUGGGAAAGAUACAAUAUUCCAGUGUGUUUGCUGGUCAGAGUAGUCAGAUAAAAGGGCUUUGCUAAUCACUUUUUAAUGAGCUUUAAACCCAGAGAAGGGCGAUAGAAAGUCAAGUGCCUGCCCUUCCAGCAAGCAAAGGAUUUGAAUCCAAAGAAAGAACAUGGGAAUUCUCUAUUCUGAGCCUAUUUGUCAGGCAGCAUACAAUAAUGACUUGAAUGAAGUUCAGCUCUUUUUGGAGGAAGACAGCAAUAAUUUGAACAUCCAGGACAGUUUCGGCGGAGACACACCACUCAUCUGUGCCUGCAGACAGGGACAUAACAGAAUAGUUAGUUUCCUUCUGAAAAGAAAUGCUGAUGUGAACAUCCAAAAUAAUGUACGUAUAUAUCCAAAGGCAUCAUCUUUUAUAUUCCCAAGUUUGAUUUAUAUCUUCAAGAAAGAACGAACAUGUUUGCAUUAUGCUGUCAGAAAACGGUUUAACUACCUUGAUUAUCUUCUCAUUGUCAUCUUAAUGCCUGUUUUACUUCUUGGGUAUCUCCUCAUGGUAUCUAAAAGUAAACAGAAUGAAAACCUCAUCAAGAUGUUACUCAGAGCUGGUGCAGAUGUCAAUGCUACAGACAAUUCAGGAAGAACAGCUCUUCAUUAUGCCUGUGAAAUGAAGAACCAGUCCAUCAUUCCUUUACUAGUCGAAGCAGGUGCUGAUCUUUCCAUAAAGAACAAGGAUGAUGAAACACCACUGGAUAUAGCAAGAAGACUGAAAUUCAUUGACAUAGAAACUAUAUUAAAGAAAGAAUGACAGACUAUAAGGGGAUAUUUACAAAGUUGUUAGGGAAAAAAUGUUACCUGCUUUGGAAAUUCACUCUGAGAAGUGCCAUUUAGUCAACAUUUAAAGGUCACCUUGUUUGCAACAGCAAUACAGCAAUCGACUGCUUUAAAUCUCCUGCUAUGUAUCUACACAUUAUGUGAUUUUUACCAGGACAUGUUUUUUUUAACCAGUAAGAGGUAAUUGUUUGAUUUAUGUUUUCAUACUUAGGAUAUUUGUAACAGUUCGACCAAUACUAUUUAUUUGAGUACUCUUUGUAAAUGUUGAAGUUUAAAACAAAUCCAACAAUAAAGCUCCAUUUGGUAUUUAUUUUCAA